CAAAGUGUCAUAUUUGAACAAACAAACAGCAGGUAGCGGAAAAGAGAAGCAGAAAUCAUACACAGAUUGAUAGGAGAUGGAUCUUAACGGUGCCGUUAAUCCUCAGAAUCAACCAGACCCAAGGCAAGCGGGUCACAAUUUUCGUGGGGCAAUAUUGCACCAUUGUAUUUUUUUACCAGUCAUGGCCAUUUUAGGCUGGCUAGUCCAACUAAAGUACACAUCUGCGACUGCAUCUCCAUUCGUCACCGACUAUGUUACCAUUCGAAUGUUUAUAGUCGCUUUCUUGGUUUACUUUGGGUUCUUGACUGUGGAGAUAUUAUUAGCCCAUGCUCCCAAUUCAGAUUUGGGGGAGUUCAUCAACAACAUUAUCUUCUUGUUCGGAACGCUUGCCUCGUUCUUGCUUCUGCUUAUCCUCGUUCGAGAUUUCGGGUUGUUUGCCCUCAUCUUGUGGACGAUUUAUCUUGUGAGGGAUGUUGCAACUAAGAAGUCGUACAGGAAUGCAGUUUGUGAUGUCUUCAACAAAGUAAAAGAGAUGAUUAAUGGUCACUUGGUGGAGAUUAAUGGUGUACAAUUCCAACCUCCACCACAUAUCGUUGUACAAAUCCAAGAUGCGGGAGAACCGAAUGUUCUUUGACGAAACAGAAGGGAGGCACUUUAAAAGAGAAGAAAACGGAAGGGAGCGGGCGGAUUGUAGUUAGCCAGGGUAUUCUGAGUUUGUUGAAGGAUGUUGACUGUAGUGUGUCUUGUCAAACUAAGAUUAGUUCUAUAGUUGUAAUAGGAGAGAAUUCCCAAUUCAAGUCAGAGUAGGAAUCCUUGUACUUCAAGAAAUUGUACUUUGUAAUCCUUAUAUAUAGAGCUCCUAUUAUCAAUGA